AUGGCGAGGCAGUCUCAGGCUUGCCUUCCUCGGGUUGGUCCCGGGCUAGUGACCUUGGCGGGCUCGGCCAAGACAGCCGGUGGCCGUCGGCAAAUCAAGGUGAGGGUGGGGAGAACGAGGACAUCGGUGUCAGCCAGCGUGCCUCCCUAGUCCCGGGAGCUCAAGCAUUUAGAGAGGGGAGGGAGCCCAGGACGAGGAGGGUCAAGGAAUGUGCGCGUGCGCACCAGCCCCACGUUGCCCCGGGCUGUGCGGGGAGGGCGGGACAGAGAGGGGCAUGACGUCAAGGGAGGGCGUGGCUCCGGGGCCGCGCAGGAACAGCUGGUGCCGGACGAGGGCGUGGGCGGGAGGAGCUCGCGCGGGGUGCGCGGGUUGUGCGGCGGAGAGGGGGGCUCGCGCUGCAGCUGGAGCUACCACCACCGCCGCCGCCGCCGCCGCCGCCGCCGCCGCCCGCCUUGCAUCAUGUUGGAGGGGCUCGAGCUAUGCGAACGCGAAUGGAAAGAGCUAGAGUUGGAAUUCCAUGAAUUGCAGGGUACCCACAAAGUGUAUAGGCAAAAGCUAGAAGAGCUGACCACACUCCAGACAACCUGUAAUAGUUCAAUCAAAAAACAGAAGAAACGGCUGAAUGAACUCCAAAAUAGUCUUCAGAGGUGUAAGCUGAGUGCCAACAGCGAAGAGACCGAUCUCAUUCAGCAGAUGAACGCCAGCAUCAAGGAACGGCAGAAUGUCUUCUUUAACAUGGAGGCUUACCUGCCCAAGGAAAACGGGAUGUUCUGCGUGAUGUUUCAGGUUCUAAUCCUGGCUGUGCUUGGGAUGGGAUGGGGCUCUUCUUGCAGGUUUGCUUACAAGGAUGAGUAUGAGAAAUUCAAGCUUUAUUUGACCAUCAUCUUCCUGUUUGGGGCCAUAGCCUGUAGAUUUUUCCUUAACUACAGAGUAACAGAUGAAGUGUUCAACUUUAUGCUGGUCUGGUACUACUGCACGCUCACCAUCCGGGAAAGCAUUCUCAUCAGCAAUGGCUCAAGAAUCAAAGGCUGGUGGGUGUCUCACCACUACGUCUCUACCUUUCUGAGUGGGAUAAUGCUGACCUGGCCAGAUGGACUCAUCUAUCAAAAGUUCCGCAGUCAGUUCUUAGCAUUUUCCAUCUUUCAGAGCUGUGUCCAGUUCCUUCAAUACUACUAUCAGAGCGGAUGCCUCUACAGACUCCGAGCUCUAGGGGAACGGAAUCAUUUGGACCUCACAGUGGAAGGGUUCCAGUCUUGGAUGUGGAGAGGACUUACUUUUCUCCUACCAAUCUUGUUCUGUGGUCAUUUCUGGCAGCUGUAUAAUGCCAUCACGUUGUUUGAGCUCUCUACCCAUGAAGAAUGCAAAGAGUGGCAGGUCUUCGUCUUGGCCAUCACGUUUCUCAUUCUCUUCCUGGGCAAUUUCCUGACUACACUCAAAGUGGUACAUGCCAAACUCCAGAAGAAUAGAGACAAGAUGAAGUUAUGAGCAGUGAUGCCUUCCCUGCCCUGGCCGCCCUGGACCCCGACCCAGCCUGGGGGAAUACCGGGGGACGUUGUGUUGUCUUGGACACCUCUCUGGUCUCAGGUGGCUCCUCUCUGGUCUCAGGCCUCUGGGGGACUGGGAGCAGGCCUUGGGACCUCCGUUACACCUAGCUCCACGCUAGAAGAAUGUGAACUCUUCCAUUCAGUAUUACCCCAGACCUGUGCCCCACCCAAUCUAGAUGCCUGGUUCCCUAUUUAUGUGUCUAUUUAAGACUGGGUCCUCCCCACUCCCUUGGAACCAGAGACCUCUCUUGCCCCCCGUAGCUGCCAGACGACACAGGUUCGGGCCCUUUCUAGGGGUGCUCUUCCCCCUGCCCCGAGCUGCAGAGGAGCAGGGGAGAAUGAGCACGUUUCAGGACCUCCCCGUGGUUCAGAUUUCGGUUUGGAAGUGAACUUUUGGGCUCUGCCCUGCUGUUUUGGCAUAAGAUGGGAAUGGGCAGUGAAUCCUUCCUUCAGUGUCCUGUGGGCCUUCCCCCCCCCUCCCCUGGGAAUGCUGCUUACCUCCCCCCUCCCCCCCCAGGAUCCUCCUUUCUUCCUUCCUGCCUACCCCAGUGUGGGGCAGUUAAUUAAGGUCCUAGAGAACCACUCCCUGUCUCUCCAUCGUCGUCAUCGUCGUCUCCGUCGUCGUCUCCGGCUCUCUCCUCCCAUCUGUCUCUUACCUGGGCUCGUCUCCGGUGGCAUCUGUGCCUCCUGGAGCCGAGCCCCCCAUGACUUCUCACUUCCCCGCUUCCCAUCGGGGAGCCCUUCUCGGGACUUCUUCCCCCAAUCCUCGCCCCUCGCCGACGUGUUUGUGUUGGAGAGAGGGGGAUGGAAGAAUGUUUACAAGACAAGACUCGGACUCCGGCGAGCGUGCCUGGCGUUCCGCUGCUCGAGAGUACUUGGUAUAAUGGAAAGAAAAUUGGAUUUGGAGACAGAAGGCCUUGGUUCAAAUUCUAGCGCCGUUAUUUACUUUUCUGAGCUUUGUCUGAGUUUCCAUCUCCUCCUUUUCAGUGGGGGCCUAGAAAAAGAUCCCUGAAGUCCCUUCCAGCCGUGAUGCUAAAGUCCCCCCACUUCCCCCCCCCAAGCCCCUAGUCUCCCCCACUUCCGUAGGGCCUUGCAUGCCCACCUCUCUCCUAGGGGAGCUGCCGGGCUCUGGCCAUCCAGGACCAGCUGCUUCCCAAGAGCGGACAGUGAUUCUUGACCCACACCAGCAGAGGGUGCUGUGGUCUGCUGAACGUGGAUGGGGUGGGGUCGGGGUGGUUGAAACUCAACUUCUGUGGUCAACUCUGGAUCUCCCCUUCUCGAGGUCAGUGUGUGCGCACUCAGGGAAAACUGGGCUUGGACUAGAACUCUUAAGAACUCUCUUCCAGCCAGCCUUAAAGUCCGAGGAAUGUGGGCGACUGGGAGGUGAAUUUGGGGGGAGGAGAGGGAGGCAGGAUGCAGAAGCCAAGGAGAAAUCUUUCUUUUAAUCUGCCGCUUUAAGAGAUCUGGCAUCCGGGCUGCCCCCUCUUGCCGGUAAUUGAGAGUCAGUUCUGUUUGGGUGGUGGCCAACACGUGCCGCCAUCUUGGGGAGGUGAAGGAGGUUAGCUACGACCAGCCAGUACCAGCCUGAAUCUUGCCCCAAAUUCCUUCUCCCUCUCCCACAUUCCUAGUCUUCAGAUGACCGCUGCCCCCUCCCAGGAUGCUGGGGUGGUUUCAGUUUUUAAUAAAAAUUCUCACUUGUC